CUUUUCAAAAAUUUUUAAAAAUGAAAUGAUAAAUGAAAAAUGAAACACUUUUCGUUCUAAUGUGAUUGUAAUUUUAAAAAAAAUGAAGAAUGAAUUAAUUUAAUUUACUUGAAUUUGGAAUUUAAAAUGUUCUUUUCAGUCUCCUGUACUGAGAAAUACCACUGUGGUUUUGGACGGUGAAAUUUCUCAUUCCUCAUUUCAAAACUGGCACGACAUACACCGAUCGAUGUACGUUAUUCGUAAAACUGCCAACCAUUUAGCAGAAAAAUUUUAGGAAUGAAAGGCCUUCAGUGAAAUUAUUUACUUGAAAUACGUCACGAUGCAACCCACUAAACCUCAAGUCAUUAUAUGCCUUUUGCUGUUUUCCACCGUCCUUGUCGUUUACGCUUUUGCCAAGGCAUUUACCUUCCUGUUGGAAUACCUGCGUCAUAAUGGCGAUGAACAUUUGGAAAAUAGCUGGAUUUUUCGAUUAGCUUUGAAUUUACUGGGAUAUGGAACUAUUUUUGUGCCUGGGUUUAUCAUUUUCCAAUAUGUAAAGAGAAGUAAAAUUGCGGAAUCUGCAGAUCGAAAUUUCUUCAGUCGGCUUGUAAGAGAAUGCUUUUUGGGGUCUGAUAAAAAAGCGUAUGUCAGUUUGGAUUCAAGUGGUUCUACCAAGCCGCGGACUUUUUUUCAAGAAACAUUUCAACUUCUCUUCUGUUCAGUGGGUUUGAUUGGAACUUAUGUGAUAUGGGGAUUGCUUCAAGAAAAAAUAAUGACUCAAAAUUACGAAAAUCGCGAAGGUGAAAAAGAUAAAUUCGAAGAUUCACAGUUUCUAGUUUUUGUCAAUAGAAUAUUAGCAUUUUUGCUGUCAGGGGCGAUAUUAUUGAUUUUUAAUCAACCAAGGCAUACUGUUCCCUUUUAUAAAUAUAUUUACUGUUCUUUCUCAAACAUUAUGAGUUCCUGGUGCCAAUAUGAAGCAUUAAAGUUUAUCAGUUUUCCGACUCAAGUGCUGGCUAAAGCAUCAAAAUUGAUUCCUGUGAUGAUAAUGGGAAAAAUAGUUUCGAAAAAAAAGUACGAAUAUUAUGAAUACAUCACGGCGUUAUUAAUUUGCGUUGGUAUGGCUAUGUUUCUGGUUGGAUCAAGGGAUACUACCAAAAAUGAUGAAACAAUAACAACAUUUUCCGGAGCUGUCUUGAUUGUUGGAUAUAUGUUAUUUGAUAGUUUCACUUCGAAUUGGCAAAGUAAACUUUUUACCAAGUAUUCAGCAACAUCAUUGCAAAUGAUGUGUGGAGUUAAUUUUUUCUCUUGUUUGUUGACUACUGUAUCUCUAUUUCAACAAGAAGGAUUUAGCGAUUCUUUUUAUUUUAUGGUCAAGUUCCCUAAUUUUGCUGUAGAUUGUUUUGUCUUAUCUGUAUGUUCAGCCAUAGGGCAGCUUUUUAUAUUUUACACCAUUUCUUGUUUCGGUCCAGUAGUUUUUGUGAUAAUAAUGACAGUGAGACAAGCUCUUGCAAUUAUUUUAUCGUGUAUUACGUAUCAUCAUGCGUUGACUGCCAUUGGUAUAGUUGGUAUAUUCGUCGUGUUUGUGGCUAUCUUUCUGCGCAUAUAUUGCGGUCAACGAAUUAAACGUUUGAAAAAGAAAUCUCCAAAUUCGUCAUCGGUGUGAAACCGAAUCAUUUACCUGUUGUUGAAUGUGUGGAGUGCGUUUUUGUGAUUUUUUUUUAGUGAUUACCUAAUAAUAUGUACCUACAUGAUGUCAACGUAUUAUAAAUCAUGAUGAUGAAAAAAAUUAUGAAUAAUAGGUAUCACGAAAAACAUGUUCGCUAGUCCAAUGAAAAAAUAUUAUCUACGUAACUUAAUCUUCAUAAAUGUUGAAAACGCCCUUAAGAGAUGCAUUUAUUCCUUUUUGUAUUUUUUCUGUCGUCAGUUUUUGAAUUUGUUAGUCUUAGUUAUUUUUGGAUCCAUACUGUAGAUCAUCUUCCAUGUAAAUAGAAGGUUUUGUACUUUGUACCUAUUUAACGUUAAAAAACAUCAUGCCGUAAUUUUUUAUAGUCGGCUUAUUUCAUUUAUUCAAUGUUAUUGCAAGUGCUUAUAGUUUUUUUUUCAAAGCAGUGCAAAAUAAAUUUGUUUUAUUUUAAAAUUCAAA